GCGUACAGUUGACAUCUGCGAUUAGACGGCGGGUCAGCUGAUCACAGAGCCACCGCCCAUUUCCGACCGGCUCCCCCUUCUUUAUUCUACACAUUCACACAUUUAAAGUACACACCAUAACAGGAAAGUUUAAAUUGUGAGAUUUAAACAUCUUUAAAUAGGGAAAACUGUAAUUUUUUAGGAUAGAAGAGUUGUAAAGAAAUCCACCAUGUCUACGACCAUUGAUAAAGAAGCUGUGAACUGUGCAUACGAGGAAGUAAGGGACGACAACAGUCCCAUCACAUGGUUUACUCUACAUUUUAACGGCACCUUGAUUGAGAUUGACAGCAAAGGAUCUGACUAUCAGGAAUUCCUCUCUCGAUUUACAGAUGAUGAGCGCUUAUUUGGUUAUGUGCGUGUGACAACAGGCGAUGAAAUGAGUAAAAGAGCCAAAUUUGCUUUUAUCACAUGGGCAGGGAAAGACGUGAGCCCAAUCAAAAAAGCUAAGCUGAGUGUGGAUAAGGCAGUUGUUAAACUUGUCAUUAAAAACUUUGCAGUAGAAAUCUUGGCAGAAGACCAACAUGAUAUUGCAUUAGAAACAGUUGCAACAGCACUGAGGAAAGCAGGGGGAGCCAAUUAUGGCACUGGUGUAUCAUCAUAACAGACAGUACCAGACUAGCUUCUUUGUGUACAAAACUGUUAGAAAAUACUUCUUCCAAAUUAUGUUUAGCUUGUUUCCUUCUUUAGUCAUUGAAGUCAAGAUUUCACAUCCUGUCAGAUGGUUUGAAGUGUGUCGAGGAUAUAGUGACAAAAAUAGCUGAGGGAAUGGCAAGAACUGAAACCGUUUUUUGUAUCAUUAUGGCAGUUCUAACUUCAAUUAUGACUUGCUUCAUUCAUGUUUAAAAACUAAAUAUGACUGACAUUUCGUUUAAAAAUAGAGAAAGAGAUGUUGGAUAAUAAUUCACCAAACUCAUUGAUAUUAAUGUGUUGUUCUUUUUGAAGCCUAUAGAUUAGUUACAGAUAUACAUUUCUUUAAAAGUUUUGAACGUGUAGGUCACAUUUAAACAAAUAAACAAUCAAAUUGUACUCAUGGUACCUUUCAGAGAUUGAGCAUUAUGAGAGCUGCUUGUAGUGCCAGCUUCAAUGAUCUCCAGUGCAAAUCCUCAGUAUUUUCUCUGCUCAUGUUGCCUUGUUAGUGUUUUGUUUCCUUGUUUGAAUUCAACUUUUUUACAUGUGCCUAGUAAUUUUCACGAAUGAAAUGCUUAUCAAAACUCAACAAUUUCUAAAAAUAAUGAGAAAGAGAGAGAGAGAGAGAGAGAGCUAAUGAGAGGGUAGCCUCUGACUUUUUGGUGGCUAGAUGGUAGCAUGAGAUUCAUCAUAGUUGGUAGCAUGAGUUCCAUCAUAGUCUAGCAACAAAUUUUGUUCAACAUGUAUUUAAUUUUUUUUUCAGUGUGUUCAAUUUUACCAUACAUUGUAGAAAAAGUUAUCUUUAGUUAACAGAUUCAAAAUGAUUCAACGUGAACUUCUGGCUUGUGUAUGAGUAGCAAGAUGUAAACCUUUGCCAGAAUGAUGUUCUUCAUGUUGGAGCUGAUUAUAAAGUGACUAAAUAAAUAUGCCUUCAUAGUGUUA